GGAAGUCUACGUGAGCUAGCUUGUUUCAGAGUCAUUUGCGAGGAUUAAAUAUCUUUUCUGUUCUCCAUAGCAACGGCAUUUAACACAGGCAUACGCCAGCACGCUAGCUUUAUUUGCUGGCUAUUUUAUACAUUUUAGUUAGCUAGCUAGCUAGCGAGCUAGUUAACCAGAGCUACAUACAAGGCUAAUUAGCUAAUCUACUUUAAGUGCCCGUAAUGAAUACAUUUCAAUGUCAUAACUAAUUUAAUUUGGGUCUAGUGAACAAAAUAACACGACAUGCCUCCGAAAAAGAAAGGGGGGAAAAAGUCUGCAAAGGCACCUACAGUUGUAGAUGGCCUGCCCGCGGAAGAAAUGUCGAAGGAGCAGCUGGAGGAGCACAUCGUGCGCCUGCGCGAGGAGCUGGACAGAGAGCGGGAGGAGCGCAACUAUUUUCAGCUGGAGAGGGACAAGAUCCACACCUUCUGGGAGAUCUCCAAGCGGCAGCUGGAAGAGAAGAAGGCUGACCUGAGGAACAGGGACAGGGAGAUGGAGGAGUCAGAGGAGCGCCAUCAAGUGGAAAUCAAGGUUUAUAAACAGAAAGUGAAGCACCUGCUGUAUGAACACCAAAAUAAUAUCACAGAACAGAAGACAGACGGGGUUGUGGCCACGAAACUGAUGCAGAAGGAACACACAGAGAUGGAGAAUGAAUUGCGUAAAGGCAUGCGCUGCCUUAAAGUGGAUAUCAAACAGCAGGAACUAUCCAGUGAAGAUCUGCUGAAGAGCCUGAAGCUGAAACAUGAUGAAGAAUUUACCAAAUUGAGACAAGAUUUUGAAGGACAAGUGCAAGACAUUGAGAGGACGUAUGACAAGAAAAUGCAGGUGCUACGACAGGAUCUCGACUUGAGGCGGAAAAUUGAGAUCCAUGAAAUUGAAGAAAGGAAGAACAGCCAGAUAAAUACACUGAUGAAGAAUCAUGAAAAGGCCUUCAGCAACAUAAAGAUUUACUACAAUAAAACCACCUUCAACAACCUGGCACUCAUCAAUGCGCUGAAAGAGCAGCUAGAGGAGAAGAAGAAGAAGGAAGAUAGGAUGGAUAAAGAAAUGGCGGAAGUCUUACAGCAGAACAAGAUUCUGGUUGAACCGCUACAGAAAGCCAAGGAGCAGGUGGUUGAGCUGCAGAGACAGAUGGCGAAUUACAAAAACGACAAGGCCACCCUGGCGGGGGCGAAAGCUCGUUUGAAGGUUGCAGAAAAAGAGACGAAAGACCUGAAGUGGGAACAUGAAGUCCUGGAGCAGAGGUUUAGCAAAGUUCAGGAGGAGAGGGAUGAGCUGUACCAGAAGUUCACCAAGGCCAUUCUGGAGGUGCAGCAGAAGAGCGGCUUUAAGAACCUGCUCCUGGAGAAGAAGCUGAGCGCUCUGGCCGAAACGCUGGAGCUGAAGGACGCGCAGCUUAACGAGGUCCUCUCCGCCUCCAACCUCGACGAGUCUGCGAUCAGCCUGGUGACCCGCAAAGUGGAGGAUGUGAUGAAUUCCAAAAAUAUGGCCAUCAAAGAUUUGCAGUAUGAGCUGGCUCGAGUUUGUAAGGCCCAUAAUGACUUGCUCUGGACAUAUGAGGCGAAGCUGAAGUCUUUGGGGAUCCCUGUCGAGGACCUGGGUUUCAAGCCCCUGGAGAGCACUUCCGCUGGACUGGUGUCUGCCACAGUGUGAUGAGCAAAUGAACGAUAUUAAGUAAAGUUGAAUGAUCAUUGGAGUUUUUUUUAGAUAGAAUGAAGGGCCUGCAUUCAGAGUAAUAUCGUUCAGACUGAUUUAGUAGAUAACAGGUUACUUCUUAAUGUCAGAAGGCAGUGUGCUAGUGUUCAUGCAGUAACAUUUUGGACACAUCAUGGGAACACAGUUGACAUACUAUUACAGUGAUUUAUAGUGAUUGUCAUACAGACAUACAACGUGGUUUUAAGCAAAAUUAGACCAUCACAACACUCAUCAAUGGACUACAUGACUGGAUGGAAUAAAACAAACCUCUGAAAUGAAAAAUGAAAACACUACCACAAGCUGCAACACUUUCAAAGAAUGGUAAUCCAGCAAUAGCCCUUUAACAUUUGUUAUUUAUACAUAAAGGAACGUUAUUUGAAGUGAAAAAUAAAAGCUAUAUUGCAGUGUG